CUAACGUGUCAGCCUAACCUCCACUGUCCUCUACUCUCCUCCCCCCAUGUGGCACUCCCCCCCAGCUCUCGCCUUAACCGCUCCUAUUUCUGUUCUCCGCUGGCUUUGAGUUUUCUUUUGUUUUCAAGCGAAGUUUGAGCCACAGGGGAAGAAGAUAAUAAUUGGCAUCAUUGUUUUUUAUUGUUAUCAUGAAGUCAUCUUAGUAGUUUCAAAAUUUUAUUCCUUUCUUAGUUUUCGAGUUUGAGGGGAUUUUUUUUUUAUAACUUUUCGUGCUGAUGGGAAUGUUGGAGGUAUCUGGAGUUGGGGUGGGAGAGAGUGAGGAGGAAAUUGAGCUGAGUUUGGAGCUAUCAAUAGGUGGGAGCUAUGCAGGAAAAUGUGAGAAGACAACUGCAUUAGCAGAGGAAUCCUUGUGUAAAGAUGAGGAAAGGGGUGUUGAGAAUAUUAUUGUCCCAAGAUCUGGUUUUUCAUCUUCUGAUCAUCGUCAGGCUAUUGUUGUUGUGGAAAGCGAUCAUCAUCGAGUGGAGGGCGGCCGGCUGAGGAGUGGAUCAUCAGAAGCUGUGGAUCAAAACAGGAACAUCAGGGAGAUGCAAGCCUUGAGAAGAAGGGAAGCAAGAAAGAAAAGAGAAGAGAAGCUCAGAAAAUCAUCCGUCAAUUGUAAAGGGAUAAUUAAUGUUGCCAAUCUUGACAAGGUGUGUUUGGAGGCACAGCAGUUGCAAGCCAGGGCUGAAGAUAGGGCAAUGAAAGAGAAGGAGAGUGUUUGGGAUGAUCAUAGCAAUCAUUGUUUAGCUGGCACAAGGAAGGAGAAGAAUGUUGUUGCACUUGUUAUAGACACUGAGGCUAUGAAAGACUCAAAUUCUAGCGAAAAACAAGGUUCAGACCCUAAAGAAGCCAUUGCUUCUUGUCAGCAACAAAAUCUUGUUGGGGUGAUGCAAAUGCCGGAGGGGCUUUACCAGCAGUCACAAUGCGGGCCAUUAAAGAAAAAUGGUAGUGUGUAUCGAUAUGGGGUGGCAUGUUUGGGUCCCUCCGGGGUUGUGGCCGGAAACGAGGAGGAUGAGAUGAUGAAGGAGAAGAGUAUGUUUCAACCUGCAUUGGGUUGUGGGAGUUUCCGGCCUUAUCUUAAUGCAAAUGUGGUUUUGAACAUGAGACAUAAUUCAGGGAGGGGUUGUGAUUCAGGACACAACAGUAGCGGUGGCAUAAUGAGUAGGAUUGUCAACCAGAAAGCUGUCUCCAAUGGUUCUCUUGACAGAAGUUCCUCAGCCAUUUCAGAUUAUAGAAGUACAUCUGGGAAAGGUGGAAGCAUUAGCGACACUGGAAGCCAUUCCAGUUGCCUACAAGCAAAUGAUAGGCAGUUAAGCCUUUCAGCAACAAGCGAUGCUCUGCAUCAAGCUGAACCCAAUAGCACUCUGAGCAAUAGGGAGAGAGGGGAAGAAACAAUAAGAGUGGCGAACUCGCCAAAGCAGAUGUUUUUGGCCGCAGAACCACAAAUUUGCAUGGUCAACACUUGCGGAAAUUAUAAACCGGAUACCAAGUCUAAUGCAGUGUCUCCAAAGUUCAAGGACACAACUUCUAGCCCUCUAAAGCAAUCCAAGGAGGUCAAAGACAAUCCAUCCAAGAUUCAAUCCCAUAAUUUUGCGAUGCCUUCUCUGCCACAAAUGCCUUGUGUGUCCACCACAGGAAACGGUCCAAAUGGUAAGACGAUAACUGGGUUCCUGUACAGGUACACAAAGGCGGAGAUUAGCAUUGUCUGUGUUUGCCAUGGAAGUUCUUUCUCUCCGGCUGAGUUUGUGGGAGCAUGCUGGAGGGACAGACAUAACGCACCCACUACGGCACAUUACCAUGAUUCCUUCCUCUUUCAGAUAGCGAUUGGGAAAUAAUCAACGCCUUUCUUUCUUUCUUUUCUUUUGCCUGCUGCAAAAUAGGGUAGGAGAGAAAAUUAACUAAAUGCUCGGAUGUAAAGCUAGUACAUGGGUUUUUCCUAGUUCCCUGUAAUGCAAUGAAAAAAGCUCUAAUUUUACUUCUUUAAUCCUGAUGAUGUU